AUGAAUCAGAUCGAACAAACUCCGAACGGAAAAGACUAUUUCGAGCCGAUGCACUCGGCCGAGCACCUGAUCAACGGGGCGAUCGCCCGGACGCUCGGGUGCGGCCGGGCCUUUUCGACCCAUAUCGAAAAGAAGAAAUCGAAAUGCGAUUUCCGCUUUCACCGCAACCUGACGCCCGAAGAGCUGACCGGAAUCGAACGGACGGUCAACGAACAGAUCGCCUCGCACGCGGACGUGCGGGACGAAAUAUUGACCGCGGCAGAGGCCGCCGCCCGUUACAACCUGUCGCGGCUGCCGGAAGGCGCAACCACCGUCCGCAUCGUCCAUAUCGGCGAUUUCGAUAGCUCGACUGCGCGGACGGCGUUCUACGGACCCGGACAAACGAACUGGUGGAACCGUUUCAAACGCCGCAUCGGCAAAGAACCCGUGCUGCUCGACUCGACACUGACGGCCCGUUCGGCCGAAGGCAUGAAAAUUUACCUGAACGGCAAAGGCUUCCUGGACGCUUCGACGGCAUUUCGGGUCGACACUUCGGGCAAAAAAGCGAAAGUCACCUACCUCGCCCGGCAAGGCGAACCGUACCGGAUCGGCAGCAUCCGAUACGAUUUCCGGGACCGGUCGCUGCAAUCGAUCAUUUUCAGCGACACGAUUUCGACGUUGCUGCAUACGGGCGACAUUUUCGAUGCGAAUACGCUGGACGACGAACGGUUAUGUAGCCGACUCGACGGCGGGCAACCGCACGGUCAACCUGACGAUGGUCGUAAAACGCUACAUGGCCGGAUAUACCGCCGAAGGCGAAGCGACGCUCGACGACAACCGAAUUUACCGCAUCCGGACAUCUAUAUCUAUCCGGAUUACAACCCCUCGGCAGCCGUGUCGGAUUCUCUUUACGAAAGCCGGCUCGACACGCUCGACUACAAAGGCCUGAAAAUCGUUUACGACACCCGGUCGAAAGUGCGGGCGGAGAUCCUGCGCCGAACGAUCAGUCUCUACCCGAACUACCUGUAUAAUGCCGACGAAGUGAAACGGACUUACGAAAACAUCAUGCGGCUCGACUAUUACAAAAGCGCCAGCAUCCUCUUUUCGGAAGCGGAAGGCGAUACGCUGCUGCGGGACAACCGGAUCACCUACAUCGGGCAGUCGCAGGACUCCACCGGCAUCGGCGAAGCCUCGUACGGCACCGAACACUACCUGAACUGCACUAUUUUCUGUACGCCUGCGCUGCGGCAGGGAUACUCGCUGGAACUCGAAGGAACCACGUCGGCCGACUAUUUCGGAAUCGCCGCCACGGUGCGCGGAGGCUACGAAUUCAUGCGCGUCAAACAGAAGCGCAACUCGUUCGAAUUAGGCGUAUCGACCUCGUUUUCGUUUCCCCGUUUCAUCACGCCGCUGCGAAUCGACCGCUACAACCGAGCCUUCAAUCCGCGGACGAAAGUAGAAGUCUCCUACAGCGUACAGCGCCGCCCGUACUACCAUCGUACGCUGGCCAGCGGCGUCUGGGGCUAUACGUGGGGCAACGGCAAAAACAGCACCUUCGUCCUGCGGCCGGCGGACAUCAGCGUGGUGAAACUGCGGCAGAUCGACACGGCUUUCCUCGAACAAUUGCAGAAUCCCUACCUGCGGAACAGCUACGAAUCGCAGCUGAUCGCCGGACUGUCCGGCUCGUAUAUCUUCAACAACCAGAAGAUCAACACCGAACGCAAUUCGCUGGCGUUACGGUUCAAUUUCGAAACGAACGGUAACCUGAUCGACGGACUGAGCCACCUGUUCGGCCGUUCGUCGGGGGAAGAGUAUUACAAACUGUUCGGUAUCCGGUACGCCCAGUAUUUCCGGUUCGAUCUGAACCUGGCGCGAAAAUUCGUAUUGGGGCCGAAAACCAGUCUCGUAUAUCGCUUCUACGGCGGAUGGGGAUACGCUUACGGCAAUUCGACAUCCAUCCCGUUCGAGCGGCUGUUCUACUGCGGCGGCAGCAACAGUAUGCGCGGCUGGCUGGCCCGGACGCUCGGCCCGGGCAACGAAGUGCGCUGGGUCAGCGACUAUCCCACCAUCUGGGGAAUCUUGCAAGGCGCGCUCUUUUUCGAUGUCGGCAACAUCUGGUUCCUCGGACAGGGCGGCUACGGCGAAGAAUCGCAGUUCAAAAUCGACCGAUUCUACAAACAACUGGGAUUCAAUACCGGACUCGGCGCGCGGUUCGAUUUCAGUUUCUUCGUAUUCCGGAUCGACUGGGGCAUCAAACUGCACAACCCGAACGAAGCGGCCGGACAGCGCUGGAUCCAGAACUUCCGGAUGCAGAACACGACGCUGAAUUUCGGCAUGGGAUUUUUAUUUACCUCCGAAUCGGUGUCCGAAGGACAUCCCGACAAGGUUUCGGAUCAAAUUUCCGAUGCAAUCCUCGACGAAUUUCUUCGUCACGAUUCCAAUUCGAAAGUAGCCUGCGAAACGCUCUGCACCACGGGGCUGGUCGUCGUGGCCGGUGAAGUCCGUUCGGAAGCGUACGUGGACGUACAAGACGUCGCGCGCCGCGUGAUCAACCGGAUCGGCUAUACGAACGCCGAUUACCGUUUCGACGGCAAUUCGUGCGGCGUGCUGUCGGCGAUCCACGAACAGUCGCCCGAUAUCAACCAGGGCGUCGUACGCGAGACCGAAGAGGAACAGGGCGCCGGCGACCAGGGAAUCAUGUUCGGUUACGCCUGCUCGGAGACCAAGGAGCUGAUGCCCGCCACGCUGAUCCUGUCGCACGUAAUCCUGAAGGAACUGGCCGCCAUCCGCCGCGAAGGCAAGGUGAUGACCUACCUGCGACCCGACGCCAAGAGCCAGGUUACGAUCGAAUACGGCGACGACAACAAACCGCAGCGCGUGCAUACGAUCGUAGUAUCGACCCAACACGACGAAUUCAUUACGGCCGCCGAAGCGGGCGGCGAAAAAGCCGCUGAAAAAGCGAUGUGCGCCAAAAUCCGCGAAGAUGUCCAAAACAUCCUGAUUCCGCGCACCAAAGCCCGCCUGGAACGAGCCGGCGACUGCCUGGCCGAACUGAUCGGCGACGACUACAUCCUGCAUGUGAAUCCGACCGGCAAAUUCGUGAUCGGCGGCCCGCACGGGGAUACCGGAGUGACCGGCCGCAAAAUCAUCGUCGACAGCUACGGCGGACGCGGAGCCCACGGCGGCGGAGCAUUCUCCGGCAAAGACAGUUCGAAGGUCGACCGCAGCGCAGCCUACGCCGCCCGGCACAUCGCCAAAAACCUCGUAGCGGCCGGUAUCGCCGACGAAGUGCUCGUACAACUGUCCUACGCGAUCGGAAUCGCACAACCGCUGAGCGUCUACGUCAACACGAACGGAACUUCGAAAGUGAAAAUGACCGACGGGCAGAUCGCCGCGAAAAUCAACGACCUGUUCGACCUGCGGCCUGCGGCCAUCGUCCGCGAAUUCGGACUCCGCAACCCGAUCUUCGAAGCGACCGCUUCGUACGGACACUUCGGCAACCGUCCUUAUACGCAAAAAGUAACCCUUUUCGAAAAAGGAAAAGAAGUGAGCAAAGAGAUCGAAUUUUUCGCAUGGGAGAAACUGGAUGCCGUCGAUAAACUGAAAAAAGCGUUCCGCUGCUAA